CCCAACCGGACAGCGAAAAGUGGCGGAAAGUUGCGUCAACCCCGUCGACAGAAACACUCACAGAAGGCCGCCAUGGCCAAGAACCUCAUCAAGGCUCGCUAGCGUCGGCUCAACAGUCCCCACAAGUUGCUUGGAAUAGCUUGCUCGUAUCCCCACCGCCCCGCCCUCGUCGUCCGGUCGACAACAUCCACACAAGUUUUAAACCCCCCACCACUACAUAUCGCAGCCAUGGACGCCUUGCCAACCCUCUUCACUUCAGCCUACGCUUACUCGGGGUCCCUGGUUUCCCUUGCGAUGAGGUUUCCAGAGGCGGCGAAGAUGGGUUAUAGGGGUUAUAGUAGGGUCUAUGAGUACUGGAGUGGCUUGAGUCCGAGAGCAAAGGAGAAGGUGGCGAAAGGGGUGGGAAUUGUGAAAGAUGGGGUCGUUUACGGUGUUAGGACAGGACAAGACAUCUACCGGACGGCAAUGGCGUACCCCACCACCCCCGCCGACGAAUGGGAACAACCCCCACACUGGGUCCUCGUCCCGCUCUCCAAACUCAUCCUCACCGUCCUGCCAACCGUCACCGUCUGGGACGCCUCUCUCUGCGACGACGUCGACUCCAUGUCACCACUACCGUCAUCCGUCGAAGACGUUAUAUCUGAUUUAAUAACGACAUCACCGACGGAACAGAGUCCGUUGAGAAUCUACCUAACACCCCGCCCCCCGACCCCCCUCCUCCCCCUAACCCUCCCCCUCCUGAACGCCACCAUCUACGCCCACACCGGCGCACUCCCCCGCUUCGCCCUCCCCUCCGCCCAUUUCAGCAUCCCCCUCUGGAAACACCUCCUGCAAUCCCUCGGCGGCGUCACCCUCGACCAACUACAUGACGGAACCGUGUUGAAGGCGGGGUAUAGCAUCGUCAUCUUCGGAGACGAAUCCGAAAAGGCAACGAUGUUGACAGAUGUCACGACAACGGCACUACAUGAAUCCUACAUCCUCAUACCCACCUCCACACUCCCAUUCCCAACAACAUCCCUGAACAUCCCGCUCAACCCGCUUCAACGGCUUACCAAUACCGCGAAAUCACUGAUCCCCGCGCCUCUCGUGUCUGUUUUGCCUGGGUUCAUCACCAAAUUGUCGGAGGGCGAGGGCGGCGGCGUAAGAGUGCGGUAUCCCGUAGGCUGGGAGAGGUGGUACGUCAAGUUCGGCCCGGGUAUCACGCUGCCCCCUCACGUCGCCACCCAAAUGAGGGAAGAAACCCUCGCUCUCAAGACCUUAUCAUUGGAUGGAGACGAUACUAUGCGGGUAAAGCAACUACGGUCUCUACAAGUCCAACGAGACGCCCUACGCGCGCGGAUGGGGAUCGGAAGGUCUUGAGUAGGGUUUACAGGGGGUGGGAGUGGGUUAGGGGUGGGGGUACGGCUGCUGGGAAAGCGGAUGAGACUGUGGUGGGGAAAGAGGUCGCGGGAGACGUGAUACCUCCCUUACCGCCGUACGAAGCCCGACCGACAAUCGAACAACCGACCGGGGAUAGCCGCGCCGAGUCACACCAACAAGAGCAGCAG